AUGAGACACUGCAAGAAAGUGUAUCAAGUGAGCUACCAUGUGAGAGAGAGAUUCUUUGAAGUCGAGAACGUUUUCGUCACGCCGAAGAAAGGUUUGAGAGAACGUGCUCAUCCGGUUUGGACUAACCCAAAACCGGUUCGAUGCGAGCUUUGUGGCCGUGAUAAGGCGGCUAAGCCGGUUAUUGCUGACCGGAAGAGUCAGAUCAAUUGGUUGUUUUUGCUUUUGGGAAAAACGUUGGGUUACUGUACGUUGGAGCACCUCAGGAAUUUCUGUAAACACUCCAAGAGUCCCAGGACCGGAGCUAAAGAUCGUGUGCUCUACUUCACGUAUAUGGGUCUUUGCAAGAUACUUGAGCCUAACCGUGAGCUCUUUAACCGUGACAGCUCUUGCCUCUAG